AUGUCCUUGUGGGUGCGUUUGUGUGCGCCGUGGGAGGCGACGGUGGCUGUGCGCGUGUCGAGCGAAGCGCGGGGCGCGGAUGUGCGUGCAGCGCUGACGCCAUGGCUCGGUCACGCAGAUGUGCGACUGACGACGCGCGGUGGCCAGCCUGUGUAUGCGCAUGCGCACGUCGUGGCCGACAUGGAUCUCGUGGUGCGAGCGCGGUUCUGUGGCGGCAAGGGCGGCUUUGGGAAUAUGCUGCGUGCGCAGGGCGGGCGCAUGAGUGCGCGCGGCAAGCAUGAGAGCCAGGACUCGUGUCGCGACUUGCAGGGCCGCCGCGUCGGCUCUGUCAAGCAGGCGCAGCUGCUGGCCGAGUACGUGGCGCAGGCGUCGGAGCGCCAGGCUGCAUGGGACGAGGCGCAGAAGCGCAAGUAUGCGAAGCUGGAGCGCAUGCUGGGCCGGGCGCCCAAGUCGAUGGCCGACUAUGAGACGGCCGCGGAGAAGCUCGACGAGGCGGGCGAGACGCUGGAGGAGGAAGCGGCGCAGCCGUCGACGUCGAAGCGAGAGCGUCUCGAUGAUCACGACUAUGUCGAGCAGAGUCGCGAGAUUGUGGACCAUGUGCGGGGGGCUGUUGCGUCGGCGAUGCGCAAGAAGCGGCGCAAGGGCAAGGAACGUGCUGCCUAG